GGCUCCAGGAGUUUGGUUUAGUCCAACAGUCAUCACAGGAGCUUUUCCCAGAGCCCGAACAGUGACUUGUGGUAUCUUCAGCUUUUAUCAGAAGAGACAUGGGCUUCUUCAAAUUAUCUGCUGUCUUCUUGCUCUCACUCUUGCUGUGGGAGGUGCACAGUCGCAGCGAGCCAAAAUUGAAAUGUCCUCGGCACAGCUCCGCUGAAUACACUUCACCGUGUGACAGGACCUGCGCCAACUUACUUGAUCCUCCUGGACGUCCUUGUCCUGAGAAGGAACAAUACACCUGUAAGUGUGAUAAAGGACUCCUGGCUCAGACCGGGACUUCUAAGGAAUCUGUAAAGUGUGUCAAACAAAAGGAAUGCAAAAUCACCUGUGGUCUCAACCAGCACUAUGAGGACUGCGGAUCCGCCUGCCCAGCAACAUGUGAAAAACCAAAGGGCCCUGAAGCCUGUGCCGCAAUGUGUUCUCCAAAAUGUGUCUGUGAUAAGGGAUAUGUUCUUUCUGGAAAAAAAUGUGUAAAAGAAAGUGAUUGUAAAAUACCGCACAAUCAUCCGUAUCAUGUCUGAUCAUGCUGCAGAUUGUAUAAUGUUCUGAAAAAGCAAUGACAUUAUAUGUUUGAAUGUAUAAAGCAGAUGAAGCAGAGCUGAAUGUGUUAUUAAUCUGUUUCUUUUAUCCACUCUGAUGAUACAGCAAAUUUUGUAUCAUCAGCCGUUAGCAAGUUGAGCUCUGCUAGAUUUCCAAAUGUUCAUCCUCCAGUUUAUUGCUGAUUUGCUUCUGUAAACCCCUUAAGAAAUAAUAAAUCUGUGCAAUAAUA